AUGAUUUCAAGCAUCAAAUCUUAAAGGGGAUCUAGGGAAAAAUAUAGUUAAGAGCUCCCAUUUAUAUCUCACAAGAAAUCUUUCACAUUUUUGAAAAAUGGUGAGCCACAAUCCUCCUAACAAUCUAUUCAUAAAAAAGGAAUUAAAUCUCAAUUUGCCUUAGAAACACUCUUCAACUAUAAGUUGGUUCAAGAUUCAAAUACGAGUCCUGUCCCUACAAGUCAAAAAUCUUAUAGAUACGAUAGAGCCUCUUUUUGCACUUUUUUCCCCAAUAAGAAAGCCAUGCCUGUAAGUAAUGAAAUCUCCUUAUCUUUAAAAUCUAUGUCUUACAAAGAAAAUAGUUUAAUGUAAAUGUUGAAUUAAAUUGCAUUCAUUAUAAAUGAAUUACGAUAAUUUAAAAGUGAAAAAGGAUUAAUCUCAAUUAUAGAAAAAGAAAUAAAUUAGAACUCUAGAUUUUUAGAACUUUCAUUUCUUUUCUUGAAUGCUAAAAUGUCAGAUUUAGUGUAAUCGGAAUCGAUGUUCAAAAGAAUAUAUAAAAAAUUCACUUAUAUCCAAGACAACCGAGUAACAAUUAAAAGGAAUAAACUGGAUUAAUCUUUUCUUUAAAUUUUAAAUGAUUUCUUAAACAAAUUAGAAGAAUAAUACAGAAAAAUUAAUGAGCUUUAAUUUUUAGGAUUAUAAGAAUCAAUGAAAAGUUCAAGGAUCAAACUGCAAAAUAAAGAGUUAGAAAUGCAGACCUAAUUUACCUCCCAAGAGAAAAGAGGGGCUUGUGAAUAAUUAUAGCAAUUCUUCAAACAAAAAUUCUCUCUUAAUAAAAGAAUUUUGGAAAGUAAGUUAUCUUAAGACAUAAAUUAACUUGAAGAAAGAAAUGGUAUUUUCAAACACAUCAAUAAAAAUAAUAGAUUUAUUUCUAAUUAAAUAGAUGAUAUUUUGAAAAAUAUUAUAUGA